AUGUUGGCAAGCUGCGUCCUGCGACGCGUGCUGCGUGCUUCAUGCCCAAGGGCAAUAUUAACCCGCACGCGAAAAGCAUCAUCAAGUCCUUAUAACAACAUCCCGUCAAAUGGCAUCAACGGCCUCCACAACAUUACAAGAAAGAGACAGAGCGCCGCUCAAGAUAUCCGACCAAAUAAACCGCGCAGUCUAAUCACGGCCGCUAUUCCAAGCUUUGCUGUACCACCUCUCAUGUUCAUCGGGCUCCUACUCGGUCUGUGGACUUGGAAAUGCUUCUGGAUUAUUGUCAUGCAAAACAAGCUCCUCUACCUCUCCUGGUUACCUCCAUUCACAAGAUCAGAGUCUAUUUCAGAUUACAAAGCUGAGUGCAGACCGGUACUGUGGGAGGAAAAGCAGAUUCGCAGUUUGGAUGGGACCAAAUUGGCUGUUUGUGAGGGUCACAUUCCGGUUCCUCCCAGGGACCGUGAGUCUGUUUUGAAUACUGUUGCUUCACAAAAUACACACCAGGGGAAACUGAUCCCGAAACGGAAAAAUUCCGUUGUGAUCUGUUACUUCCAAGGCAAUGGCGGAUCGACCCCUAUGCGGUUGCCUCUUCUCUCUCAUGUCUUGCGCGCAAUUGCGGAAACGUCUAGAUCGGAUCCAUCUCCUAUGUCUAACUCCAAAAUCUCCCCAUAUACUAUUGCUGCCCUGUCAUACCGCGGGUACUGGACAUCAUCCGGCCGCGCCACACAGUCCGGUAUUGAGAUGGAUGCCCAGGCACUCUUGAAUUGGGUUUCAGAAACAUAUGCGUCCCCAGAAACUGAUCUUGAAAUUGUAAUUUGGGGACACAGUCUGGGUGCUGCUGUUGCAACCUCAGCAGUAUCUACGUAUAUUGCCCGCCAAUGUGAGGGCAAAGCCUCAAAUACAGGCAGCAACAGGCCCCUGGCGCCUAUUUCUGGGCUCAUUUUGGAGGCGCCGACAUCCAGCGUGAAAGAUAUGCUCAUCAGCCUCUAUCCUCAGAGAUGGCUUCCGUACAGAUAUCUUUGGCCGUUCUCUUGGAAUACCUGGGAUAUCAAGGCGAAGAUGCAGCAAAUGGCUACUUGGAGAGACCAACCGGGGUCUCAAGUCUUGAAUGAAGCUACGACAUCAAUACCCCGCUCGCUUCCGCCAAUUUUUCUUCUGGCUGCCGAGAAAGAUGAAGUCAUUCCAUCAUACGUACCAGGCCAGUUAGAACAACAUGCCAAAUCUCUCGGCUUGGAGAUUGAGAGGAAAGAUGUUAUGGGUGCUAUGCAUAUAGAGGCACCACUCAAACUGGAUGGUAGGAAAGCAAUGGUGAAAUUCAUCCUAAACGUCACAUCCGUGCCUAGAACAUAA